AUGUCAACAUCAGCAUUAACAUCUUCACCAUCAAUAUUGAAUGCUAAUGGUACAUCCAUGGCCGGGGUGAAUGAACCCUUGCAAAACAACUUUCUGCUGGAGAAACGACGUCGCAUGAGCAUCCAAGCCAUGCGCAACAAAUCGGGCUUUAUUCCAAGAUCUAGUGCUCUCUCCUCUCACCCAGGACUGUACCAAGAUUAUGCUACAUCAUUAGAGGAAGAACACGAGGGCAUGAAUAAUCAUUUAGAAAGAAGACUAAGCACAACGUAUAAUAGUUUGCUUGUUAAAGAUACCGUAGGGUUGGCUGGUGAUAGUGAGAUGAGAGAGCAAUCUCCAUUAGUAGGAAUAACUGAAUCAAUGGGUGGUCAACUUAGUCCUCCUCCUGUUGGAAAGUUUGAAGCUGAAUCAACAACUUUACGUAUGGGUGAUGAUGAUGGCAAUCAUACGUUUGUUAACAAUAGCAAUUAUUUCAAUAAUUCCAUUGUUACAGGCCAAGCAUUAGUGGAAUCAGAAUAUGCACCGUUAUAUACUGAUGAAGAAGGUAAUUUGGUUCGUCCACCAUUCAUCAAUUUGGAUCCUAAGGAGAGAUAUGAGUUGCUUAAGUUGAAGAGAGCCAUGAGAGAAAGACAACAUUUGGAGAACCGUUUAAAGUAUAUGGUGGAUCCUAAUGAAACCUCCUCUACUACAAUCUCUAAAAAUAUGGUGGAAACAUCAACUCAAACACGCGAUCCCAAUUACCUUGAAAAGUCAUUGCAUUUCGUCAAUUUAAAGCGUAAACUCAAAUCCAGCAGUGGAUUACGCAAUGCCAAACGUAGAAAGAACAACAGAGGUUACUUUGUCGCUGAAUUUUUCUAUGAUGUAACUAAUGAAGAGAAUAAUGAGCACCAAAAGUCUGUCACCAGUAAAUAUGAUGGUUACUUGGGUCUGGUUAGCAAACCUCUGUUCAAAGCAGAAACAGGAAAGGUUACUGAAUCAAGUGGUAAAGAGGUCGAACUUCAAAAUACAUUGAAGAGUAGUACCAAAAUACGGCUCCAAUUGGAUUCGGAUUUCAUUAAGGAGAAGGAAAGUUUGGCUAAUGUUGUCAAAAUAAAGGAGCCAAUUUCUUCCGUCACAAACACUUCAAGCCAUGAACCUCCUAAUAACCCCACCCAACCUAGUGCAGGUUUUACAUUUAACAUCAACAAGACAGAAAUACAAAACAUUGUUUCUCAACGGAAGGAAUUAGAUAAGAAAACUUCAGAAAAGGCUCAAGAAUUGAAAGAGCAUCAUAAUAAUGACGAACAAGAUCUCCCACGAAAGAAAAGAGCAGGAGGAUCUUCAUUAUUUGGUAGUAGCAUUUCUUCCACUAAUGUUGACGGGUCGUCAAUACCCACUUUGCCAAAGUUAAGCUUUGGGAGCGGUUCUCAAUCUACAUCAGGAAGUUUAUUUGGGUCUGGAACACAAGCAUUAUCUAAAUCAUCUGGUGGACUUCUUAAGCCAGCUAAUACCACCAAAUCCACUCCAUCAUUUAGUUUCGGACUUUCUCAAAAUGCCAGCAUCGCUUCUAAAGGAAAGGAUGAACAAGGUACCAAGAAGGGCGAGACUGCUUCUUCAUCACUCCUGAUAAAUAAGAGAUCUCGAGAUGACGACAACAAAGAAACAGAAAGCAAAACACCAAUACAAACACCUGUACCUUCAUCUGGUUUAAAUUUUGCUCCCAAGAGCUCUAUUGAAGCUAUCAGAACUCCUCUUUUUGGAGGAAACAAUAAUAGUAGUUCAGCCAAUGAAAUUCCCAAGUUUACCUUUGGAGCGUCAACUAAACCAUCAGAUGCAUCUGCAGAACCAAAACCCACAACUCCUACUACAGCAUCAUCAUUAUCAACUACUUCAGGUGAAUCUACUAAGGAUACUUCGAAGCCAGUAUUCAGUUUUAGAGGUGAAAAGAAAGAUACCACAACACCUUCAUUUUCUUUUGGUGCUCCCGUGAAAUCUGCUACUGAAGACAAGAAUACUACUAAUGAUCUUCCCACCAAGAAUUCAGAGAUACUCGACUCUACAGAGAAACCCGCAUCAUCUAAACCAUUGUUUGCGUUUGGUGAUAAUGAUGGUUCAGUGAAACCAGCUGGUAGUCUUGCAUUUACUUUUGGAGGUAGUGAGAAGAAGACAGACACAAUUCCAAAGCCUAGCAUUUCAUUUGGAGGGAUUAAGGCCAAUGAUGGGACUAGUGAAUCACCUAAGCCAUUUAAUUUUGGUGCUCCUGCUGCUGAUAAAGGUUCGAAUACACCCAAGCCUUUAUUUAGCUUUGGGAGUACUAAAGAGCCAGUUUCUACAGCUUCGAAGCCACUUUUUGGGCUUGGAACACUGGCCAAUGCAUCAACUUCUACAGUUACGUCACAACCCACCAAAGAGAACGGGAUAACGUUUUCUUUUGGAGAUACGGCUAAUAAAGAUCCAGCACAGAUCUUUGGUGCGUCAUCUAACACCAACAGCAAUAACAAAAAUAACAAUAAUAUGGGUUUUACUUUUGGGCUGAACAAUGGUACUACAAGCACUAAAUUGAAUGUUCCUGGCACUAAUAAUGAAAGCGUUUCGUCGACUCUGGUAUGGGGAUCGGGCACCGGUACUCCUAUUUCUGGAGCUGGAACCGGAGCCGGGGCUGGAACAGGAUCUGGGCCUGGAGUUGGACCUGGGCCUGGACCUGGAGGAUUUGGGUUUUCAUUUGGAGGUGCUAAUGCUAAUGCUAACAAGCCACCACCAUUUGGCGGUAGUAUUCAACCACAGGGAGGAUUUACGUUUGGAGAGAGCAAGGCUGAACCCCCGCAAUUUGGAUUCAGUAGAGAAACUACACCAGUAAACAAUAGUGCAGGAGGAGGCCCAUUUGCGUCGCCAGCAUUUGGAGGAGUUAACAGAGCAGGAGGCAUUGGUAGCAAUCCAGGAGGAUUUGGAGGAGUUCAACCAGGAGGAUUUAACUUUACUGGAAGCAUCUCAAGUAAAGAAAAUACUCCUGAUCCCGCGAUGAUCUUUGGAGGUAUAGGUAACAAUAUUAAUAGUAAUAGUGCCAACAAUGUGGCUGGAGGAUUUGGUAAUGGUAGUGGAGGGUUUGAUGCAGGAACAGGCCCAGUUAUUGCCAGUCGAAAGAUUGCUCAUCCCAGACGUCGUGGAGCUCGGUGA